GGAAGGAGAGGGAGGGGUGCGUCGUGUAAUGUGGUUGCUCUCCUGUCCUGCUCCUUCCAGCCUCCGGUGGUCCCUGCGCCGCAUCUCAGGGCUCAUUCCUUCCUUGACGUUGGCAUAAAACGGAAAGUGCCGUACGAUAAGGCUUACUGGAGGAAAUUCUUCUCUGCAGCUAAAGCUACAUUUGGAGUUUUUGGACUAAAUCACCGAUCAAGAGACUUGCAUCACGACAGUGGAACAUCUGACCGGAAUCGCUGAGACACAGCACAGCACUUUUUGAGGUUUGUUGUUUGAUUGGACCCUUUCAAAAUGGAGGAAGGUUACAGAGACCGAACAGCCUUCAUUCGCGGCGCCAAAGACCUUGCCAAAGAGGUGAAGAAGCAGGCCGGCAAGAAGGUUGGCCGGGGCUUCGACAAGAUGUCGGACGAGUACUCGAAGCGCUCGUACACACGCUUCGAGGAGGAUGACGAUGAUGACUAUCCAGUCCAGGGCCCGGAUGGAGGCUAUUACCGCAGUGACAGCCGGGCCAACGACGACGAUGAGGGCGCCCACAGCGACUCCACUGAGGGUCAUGACGAGGAUGACGAGAUCUACGAGGGGGAGUAUCAGGGAAUUCCACGGGCUGACUCUGAGAAGGCAGAUGGGCAGCUUGGGGGCGCUGUACCGGCGGGGGCCCAGUUCCGGGACAUUGGCGAGCAGGCGGGUGAGAGGCGGAAGGACAGGGAAGAGCUGGCCCAGCAGUACGAGACCAUCCUGCAGGAGUGCGGCCACGGACGUUUCCAGUGGACCCUCUACGUUGUUCUGGGCCUGGCACUCAUGGCCGACGGUGUGGAGAUCUUCGUCGUGGGGUUCGUGCUGCCCAGUGCUGAGAAGGACAUGUGCCUGUCCGAGCCCAACAAGAGCAUGCUGGGCCUCAUUGUCUACCUGGGUAUGAUGGUGGGAGCCUUUGUGUGGGGGGGGCUGGCCGACAGGAUCGGAAGACGCCAGACUCUGCUCAUCUCUCUCUCCAUCAACAGCGUCUUCGCCUUCUUCUCCUCCUUCGUCCAAGGAUACAGCACUUUCCUCUUUUGUCGUCUGCUCUCCGGCGUCGGGAUUGGUGGCUCUAUCCCCAUUGUGUUCUCUUACUACUCCGAGUUCCUGGCUCAGGAGAAGAGAGGAGAGCACCUGAGCUGGCUCUGCAUGUUCUGGAUGAUCGGGGGCAUCUACGCCUCCGCCAUGGCCUGGGCCAUCAUUCCGCACUAUGGCUGGAGUUUCCAGAUGGGCUCCGCCUACCAGUUCCACAGCUGGCGGGUGUUCGUGCUGGUGUGCGCCUUCCCCGCGGUGUCCGCCAUCGCGGCGCUCACCACCAUGCCCGAAAGCCCACGCUUCUUCCUGGAGAAUGGAAAGCAUGAUGAGGCCUGGAUGAUCCUGAAACAAGUCCAUGACACCAACAUGCGGGCCAAGGGCUACCCAGAGAGAGUCUUCUCCGUGACCACCAUUAAAACAGUGAAGCCAAUGGACGAGCUGGUGGAGAUGGGCGAUGAGGCAGAGGCCUGGCACAAACGCUGGAGGAUGAAAAUGCUGAGUCUUUUCAACCAGGUGCGGAGCAAUUUCCUUACCUGUUUCUCUCCUGAGUAUCGGCGCAUCACCUUCAUGAUGAUGGCUGUUUGGUUCUCCAUGUCCUUCAGUUAUUACGGUUUGACGGUGUGGUUCCCCGACAUGAUCAAGUACUUGCAGAAGCAGGAGUAUUCCAGUCGCACAAAGGUGUUUAUCAAAGAGAAGGUGGAACAUGUCACAUUCAACUUCACCCUUGAGAACCAGGUGCAUCGUAAUGGAGAGUACUUCAAUGACAAGUUCAUGAACUUGAGAAUGAAGUCCAUGGUGUUCGAAGACUCCCUGUUUGAGGAAUGCUACUUUGAGGACAUCACCUCCAGCAACACCUUCUUCAGAAACUGCACCUUUAUCUCCACACUCUUCUACAACACAGACCUUUUCCAGUACAGGUUCAUCAACUGCCGCCUGGUCAACAGCACCUUCUUACACAACAAGGAGGGCUGCAUGCUAGACUUCAGCGACGAAAACAACGCCUACAUGAUCUACUUCGUCAGCUUCCUGGGAACGCUGGCCGUGCUGCCAGGGAACAUCGUGUCCGCCCUGCUCAUGGAUAAGAUUGGCCGCCUGAGGAUGCUGGCCGGCUCCAGCGUGAUCUCCUGUAUCAGCUGUUUCUUCCUGUCGUUCGGCAGCAGCGAGUCGGCCAUGAUCGCGCUGCUCUGCCUUUUCGGGGGCAUUAGCAUCGCCUCCUGGAGCUCCCUGGACGUGCUCACGGUGGAGCUGUACCCCUCGGACAAAAGAACAACAGCCUUUGGGUUCUUGAAUGCCAUGUGCAAGUUGGCAGCCGUGCUGGGCAUCAGCAUCUUCACCUCCUUCGUGGGCAUCACCAAGGCUGUGCCCAUCUUGUUUGCGUCGGGGGCACUGGCCGUGGGCAGCUAUCUGGCCCUGAAACUCCCAGAGACGCGAGGUCAGGUGCUGCAGUAACGUGGAGCCGUCAGCAGGGGGCAGCGAGGAGCGCAGGCAGCCAUACUGUGACUGGAGCCACCCAUCCUUGGUCCAAAAAUCCCAGGUGACUGCAUAUGGUUGUGAAAAAAACCACAGCCCCUAAAUCAUGAAGUACUCGUUGCCAUCAUAUAAUAUUGUAUGGGUGUAGAAGCAAUUUUUUGCUUUGAUUUUCAGCUGCCCUUUCAAAAAACACUGAGCAAGGUAUUUGUCGCAAAAUGUUAUUAAGCAUCUGUAAUUUCUUCACAUCUGGACUUCUGUUUUAGAAGAACCUGCUUCUGGUGUUAUUUAAUCUCAACUCACUGCAUCUGUCAAUAAUAUAUAUAUAUAAAAAAAAGAAAAAAAUCAGGCUAUAAAAAUGUGUAAAAAUUACAAUAUUGGUCCUAUAUUAUGUAAGUGAUGUCAAACAUCUUAAAUGUUUGGUUUAAUUAUGCUGUAUAAUUACAAUGAUAAUUUUAUCUACUUAGAAUGCCAUAUGAUGUCUGUUGUGUCUACAGUAAUGUUUACCUAACUUUCACUGAGCUAAGAUGCAUUGUGUAAUACUUAUAGCACAAUUUCAAGGGACAGUGGGAGCAGAGGUUCAGGGCACAUUCUGUGGGUAAGGUGCUGCAAGGUACAGUAGAAGGUACAGUAGAAGGUACAGUAGAAGGUACAGUAGAAGGUACAGUAGAAGCUGUCCCCAGGGGUGUGUGGUGGGGGUUAGAUGCUUUAACUAUAAGAGUUGCCUGCACUUUUUUCACCCUGUCUUGGGCAGUCAGCGUGUCUACAGGCAUUGUCCCUUGUCAUGGUCUUUUAAGGUUGUUAACAACCAGAAUGACAAGGCCCUGAAUUUGAUGAUCUAUUCAGAUUCUUUCCAUGAUCGCUAGGAUCUCGCAUAUUCCGACAGGGAGCCGUCCCUUUAAUUAUCCAGAACAUUCCAGACUCACUCUUCCAUUCCAUUCCUUUAAAUGUAUCCUUGCUGAACAGAAGAGCACAUAUUAACGGAACAAAAAAAAGUUUGAAUGGGUUAUGCAUUGACUGGUUUGAUUUUUGUUGAGCUCUCACAGUCACUGCCACCAGUCUGACGUGCUUUGCUCCUGUCUUAAAUUCUCCCUCCAUACCAUCACCUUCUCGACUACAGGGUAUACAGCAAUGUCAUUUCAUUGAAUAUACUGUAACUCUUUGAAAUAUGACAAGUCACCAGACAUCACUUUUAGAUCAUUUUAGUCCAAUGUAGAAUUACCCUUUCUAAACCUGUUUAGUUAUAUUUCUAGCAUUGAAACAGUCAUAUCAGUGCAAACUGUUACAUUGUUAUGCUGCAUUAAAACAUGCAUUAUGACGUAAAUACACCUCAAAUUAAGCGUCUAUGAAAAUAAUUCAUACAUGUUGAAAAAGUGAAUUCAGCAAGUGUCUGCAAGGCACCACAAAACCAAAGGCACAGAUAUCUUUGGACUUGGAAAGGGAGUAGAAUACAACUUUAUAUUUUGCAGUUUUAUGGCAUUAAUGCUGUGUUCUUUCCACAUUUUGCAUCGACAUCUUUUGGACAACCGCCCCCUCCAAAAAAAAUGAAAAAUCCCUGGUAUAUGAGAGGAAGAGUGACACUGUUUUCUGAUCAAGGGGGAGGGGGAUCGCUUCAUAUAAGUCGAGAUGAGAGAAGCACAGCUGUGUUUAAAGGAUCAUUUUUAAACAAGUUCAAGGAAAUCGAAAUUCAGUAAAAUUAAAAAUUGAACACUUGUUCUAUUAAUGUAUGAUAGUAUAAUGAGACUCUUGCAGGUUUUAUUAUGUGUAUAUUUUGGUUUAUUUGAUUAUUUAUUCACAAUUUAAAAAGAGAUAUAUUUUACUGAGAUUCCAUGCUAUCAUGCAUUUUGAGUGUUUGUCCUUGUUGAAUAUUCUGUGCCAAAACAAUGGAAACACGAGACGUGUUUAUAUGGAAGCAUGCUUGUGGCGUGUAUGUGGGGUGCGUAUAUCCAGUACAUUUGAGCGUGUUCUUUAUUAACUAUAUUUUUAUUUCCUAAUUGUCUUAAAUUAUGAAGCCGGUUUAGUAAUAAUCCGUUUGUUACACCGCGUCAUUUCGGUAUAUGUAAAUCCAGCGGCCUUGCUGUUUGAAAUGCACAUUUUUUUUUUAUGUCAUAAGACCACAGACAUUUUUAAAGUCAAAGAUAGGCAUCAUGGAUUGAAAGAGGCAUCAGGUGUGAUGGACUCUGUGUCUGAGAUUGCAGUAAGCCAGUGUUUUACAAUGAUGUUGUGCCAUUGUAUAAACUUAGCACUUUUCCGCUGUAAGAAUACAUGCAAAUUGUUGCAGUAGAUUUUUCUCGCACUAAUAACGGAGUCGGAUUUAAUGGGCCGAUCAAACAGUCUGUACCCUAUUCUACCAAAAUCAAUGGAAACAGCUUACAGCCAUAUUUGUAUUUAUUUUUAUUUUAAAAUGUUAAUUUGUGUGGUCAGUUUCUUACCCUUGAUCCUCCUCCAUUUGACGCCAUUGUUUAAUCCGCAAAAAAUGGGAGAGGCAGGUGAAUCUAACUGUAAGGACAGUAUCUUCUUGCACCUGAAAAGAUGUUACAUAACUGUCGUGCUAUAGGGAUAAGGUUUUUUUUUUCUUUUCUUGAAACGUCAGCAAGAAGGCUCCAUCAUCUCCAUUUUUAAUCUGUGAACUGCCACUAAAAAACACUAAGAAAAUUUCUGCACAGAGUCAAACAAAAAUACCAGUGAAAAGAACUUCCACAUGCUGUGUAUUACUGCCAAGUUAUAGUCGGAUAGUAGCCAUAUAGCACCGUAUCGAGCAAAAACUACAGCGCUAAGAUUUUCUUUUGCCACUUUUGAAUUUAGAAAAUCAUUCCAGAGCAUAUAAACAUAACGGGAAAUCACUCAUACUGUAAUAUCAACAUGGCCAAAGGUUUCCUGCAGGGUGACAAAGCACAAACAUAAAAACAUACAGUUAAUUUCACUCACUUUUUUGGUUAGUUCAUGAUAGAAUAGGUUGAGGACUGCGGACAUAAAUCAGGAUCUUACAUUCCUGCAGUGGUUUUCUAAAGUUUUACCAUGUAAGUUUUACCACAAAAUAUUAGCACAGAAACACAAAGACACAGAUCUGAAUGUCAGCAUGAAAACACCAGUUAUGUGUUGGAUCUAGACCCAUCAAAGCACUAUGCUCUGUGUAAUGCAUCUACCAGAUCUACGGUCCUUUUCAGACCCCUUUGUCUGCCUUGUGCUCUUGACUAAUGCAUGAUGAGCACAGCACAUUAAAGAUGUAGUAAUUCAACUAAGUUACCUGGUCUUACUUUAUGAACUGUAUAUUUGAUGGUGAAUCGUGGACAACGUAGUUUACAAAAUGAAAGAUCACCGCCUGUAAAUCAUUUGUUGAUGACAGUUCAACAAAGUCUGAUUAAGAAGAUUAAGAUUAAGAUUAAGAAGCUAUCAUGACCACAGUCAGCAUUAAUGCAUGUCUCAGAUAUUCUGCUAUAUUUUCUUUAUGUCUCUGCCAGUUUGCUUCAGCGUUAUGUUGUCAUAACAGUUUUUGUAUGGAACAAAACUGAUAUUGAUCAAUUACCACUAACCUGAGAAUCUGAAUUAGAACCACAUCUUGGUUCUCUCCGCAUGGGACAAAACAUAACUAAAAGCAAAACAAAAAAUGUUAUCUUUAGUCAGAUUUGUUGCAUUUCUUUGUCUUUUUAUUUUCCUUAAAUUAGACCAAGUCUUAAUUACAGGUGCAAAAUAAUUGAAGCAAUAACCACAGAAAUGUUUUGUUCGCUCAGCACUGCCUAGCCAUCUUAAUGAAGCCAAACACAUUGCCAGUUUGCAGCUCAGCCCAUGUGACGCAGGGAUGCUUCACAAUGUAAACGUCCAACUAGAUCUCCGAGGAAUGCCAUGUCUGUGUCAAAUAUGAAGCAUCGCCAUUAUUUAAACUUAAUACAACUUUUAACUUUGUAAUUGUCGUGUGCUGUAGAAACUGUGGAUGUUUAUAUGUAAACAUAUAAUAUGUUCAAAAACAACAAAAAUACAAAAAAAACAACCUCUAAAUGACUGAAUACUAUUGUAUGUUGUCUUUAAUUUUUUUGUGUUUUGUAAAGGACAAUUUAAAGAUGUGAAUUAUUAUGUCAAUGGUAAUUAUUACUGGAUAUGAAGACUAUGUUAAUGUAACACCCUCAAGUUAUUGCACAUUGGUUUAUGUGAGUUUUUUUUUCCAGCUUUAUUUUGUUAAUGAAAGAGGAUUCUACAGUCCUUACUAUAACUCAGCCUCCCACUACUGCAAUGGAGUGAAAAAUACACAUGAAUAAAGUACAGUAAUAAACAUUGAAGAAACAAUCUGA